AAUUUUUAGUUGGGCGGAAAAAAAAUUCUUCUUUCCAGUAAAUAAAGCUUAUCAUCGACUACUCCCACUUUCAAAAACUUUCUUGGCGUACGUGACACCGUGUGUGACUACGUGAUCAAAAUGCCUGACGUCAUUCUUCAAAGCUCUGACAAUGAGAACUUUACCGUGAGUCUGGAAGUGGCCAAGAUGUCGGCGACGGUGAAGACCUUGCUCGAAGAUCUUGGUUACGCCGAGGACAAGCCGGAUACAAUUCCCUUACCGAACGUUCGGGGUGAGAUUCUACGACUUGUGGUCAACUGGUGCAAUCAGCACAAGAACGACACCCCUUUGCCCGAGGAUGACGAGGGUCGUGAAAAACGGACCGACGACAUUUCUCCAUGGGACCAGGAGUUUCUUCGGGUGGAGCAACCCAUCCUGUUCGAUCUGAUUUUGGCUGCCAACUACCUCGAUAUCAAAGGGCUUUUGGACGUCUGCUGCAAAACCGUGGCCAACAUGAUCAAAGGCAAGACUCCUGAAGAGAUCCGAAAAACCUUCAACAUCAAGAAUGACUUUUCUCCAGCGGAAGAAGAGCAAAUUCGCAAGGAAAAUGAGUGGUGUGAGGAAAAGUGAAUGAAUCAAAUUUUUAGUUUCUAGCAGUCUCCAAAGUUUUCAGUGACAUCCAAAGUAUUCGAAAAAUAUCGAAAUAUGAGUUAAAGUUAAAUUCAAAAUAUUAUGUCAUAGAUAGUCCUGUAACUCGGCAUGAUUAAUGAUUUCAUCAACCCAAAUGUAG